AUGUCGGGCCCUCACAGCGGCUCCUCAAUGGACACGACGACCGGCGGUCCUGGUUCUCCGCCUCCUCGUGCCGGUAACAACGUUUCUUUCCGGUAAGCUUUUUCUUUUUUGUGUUUGCUCAAAAUUCAAUAGUGUUUUUUUAAUUAUCUAUAUAAUUGCGAAGUGCGCAAAACUGGUCUCUGUUAUGAAUUUUCUCUGCGAGUUCUGCAAACGAAUCAUGUCCAACAAACAUAUUUUUUAACUAUGGAAUUGACUCCGGCGAAAACUUCAAAUGUCCGUAAUCCGAUAUAAUCUUUCUCUACAUAUUCAAAAAAAUAACAGUAAUUUUGAGAUUGGUAAAUAGAGGGGUGGUGAAAAUAUCAUAAAGAUCGGGGUUUUUAACGUUUUUUCUUCAAAAUUAAAACUCAAUUUUUGCGUGUAACACCAAGAAAUUGCUUCUUUUUUUUCUUCUCUUUUGAUCGAUUUCCACAUUGCAGGGAUCUGUGCUGUUUAUUCUGCUGUCCGCCGUUUCCUUCGGCCAUAGUAUCCAAAUUGGCGUUCAUGCCGCCCGAGUCCAGCUACUCGAUCACGGAAAACAACAAGUGAUAUCUUGGCCACAGGUUCAGAAGGAAAUCUUUACUUCAGACUCCAACUAAUAGACGGAAGAGCCGAAUGGCCGCAUGAUCCCUCGUUUCUGGUCAAUUGCGUGGAUAUGUUUGUUGCGCGGUUUGUUUUCCAUUCUUGUGUUUUCCCGAUUCUUUUCGUAUCCAACUCAAAAUUGUUUUCAGACAUUCAGAUUUCGUAUUUUAGUGUCUUUGAUUCUAUUAAAACCGAAAAAAUUAUUUUCUCUCUCACUUUACUUUAAACACUUCAAAACUGAGGCAGCUCUUUUAAAGUUUUUUUUUUCAAAUUCUGGUCAGUUCGAAACGCUGUUUUAGGUAGUUUUGAGGCAAUACAUUUAGAAAAUUGGUAAGCUGAGGCAAGGUAAAAAAUUUGUAGAGUCAUUAAAUUAAGAAAAAAAAAACCUUCAUACCAGGCGUUUGGUGGAGAAAAAAAACUUUAUUUUUUUAGGUUCACUUCAUAUGUUUUGAGUUGGUUCAAAAUUGGUCACAACUUGCUUUUAGAGAUGAUUCAUUAGAGUUUCUAUAUUAUUAGCAAGACUGUGCUCGGAAAAAUUAAGUGCGAAAGUGCUUCUAAUUCUCGCCGUCUCAAACUAGCGGUGAAUGAUGAUUUCGAUGGAAAUCAACUAGAUAAAGUGCAUGGAACAAGAAAAAAAGUUGCAGGACACGUCGCCGGAACAAAAUCGCCUGUGUUUUCGUGAAGCCGAUGGCCAGCGCCCACUUCACUUUGCUCUUUUCCCACGGAAACGCCGUCGACCUCGGCCAAAUGUGCUCCUUCUACUACGGACUCGGCUAUCGUCUGGGAUGCAACGUCUUCAGCUACGAUUACUCCGGUUUGUUCUCUCGCAAAAUCAUUCCCAGACCUUCCUAUUGGAUUUGAGGCUACGGCUGUUCUACGGGCAAACCUUCAGAGAAGAAUCUGUACGCUGAUAUCACCGCCGCUUUCGAAACCCUCAAAAAUGAAUUCCGUGAGUUUUUUGGGACUCUCCAUUGAAAAAUAAUCUUCAUUUCCUGAAGUUUGUCGUGAAUUUUUCAAGUCCUCAGAUUUGCAUGUUCCCGGAAGUUUAUCUCAAAUUUCAUUGACUUUCGCUUUCCAUGAUGAACUUAUAAGUCGAUAUGCAUGUGUUAUAUCAAUUCGGUUAUAAGAAAAACAUUUAGGUGCUUUGACAAUCUAAAAAGCAUUUUAUUUAUGAAUUUUCGUUAAAAGUGAGGAAGUUCGAGCUGAUCGAGGGUUUUCAAGUUCUCUCAAAACUUGGAAGCGCUUUCCGUUGAUCAUUUCUGUGAAUAAGAAGUUGCAGAUGUGCCUCCGGAGCGGAUAAUCCUCUACGGACAGUCGAUUGGCACGGUGCCCAGCGUCGACCUGGCCAGUCGGGCCAACGUCGCCGCCCUCGUCCUGCACUCCCCUCUCAUGAGCGGCAUGCGCGUCGCCUUCCCCGGAACUCAGCGAACUUGGUACGUCCUAGUAUAAUGGUAGUUUACCCAUUGCCAGACACUUUAGCGAUAUAGUUUAUUAACGAAAAAAAAAGGAAGUAGGCACUUGAAGAACAUUACACGGGACGGAGUCAAACCUAGAGAUUUCACAAGUACCCAGAUGAUUUUUCACUUGAGUUUCGCAUAGAAAACGUUUAUCGUAAGAUUUUUCAGUUUUUUAUGGUUUCUGUGAGCAGAGGCAUGUGAAUUUAAACAUGAAUUUAGUUUAUCCCAAAUAGAAAUGUCUUUCGCAAAAAAAAAAUGGUUCGAAAUGAACGCCUGGUAUCUCCAAUUUCACCAAAACAACCAAUCGAAAUAAUGCGUGCACUUCGUUUUCUUAUUUUCAAUCGAGAGCGAUAUGAGAAUAAGUUUAGAAAUAGAAACAGUUAAUUUCUUCGAAAAAUAAGACUGUAAUUUUUUUUGUCAGUUUUGAAAGGAAUAUUUUGUUUAAAUCUUAAAAAGGCCAGGGCGAUGUGGACUUCAAAACCUUGAGAUGAUAAUUAUUUCUUUUUUUUCUUCAAAAGUGUUCCAUAGAUUUUUUCGAAUCGUUUUCUCAUAAGUCCUUUUUAUUUGCUAUAAAAAUCAUAUCAUCUUCUUAUUCCUGCAUUGUUCUUGCUGGAGAAAAUGAAUACUUCACAAUUUCGUUCAAAAAAAUUUUAAAAAGGUUCCACACAUUUUUCGACAGUCAUGAUUUGAGGUGUUGCGACGCAUUCCCGUCGAUCGAGAAAGUCCCGCGAGUGAAAUGUCCGACUCUGGUCAUACACGGCACCGACGACGAGGUUCGCUCUGUGGAAUCUCGGUUAUUCGAGUGAACGUCUUUCGUUUUCAGGUGAUCGACUUCUCGCACGGCGUCUCUAUUUACGAAAAAUGCCCGUCCUCCGUUGAGCCUUUAUGGGUCGCAGGUUGGUCCUUUCAAUUCCUUCAACCCCCUUUUUUGGCAUUUGCUAUGUUUUUUUUGCUCAUUUUUCAAAAGGGAAAUUGCUUGCUGGUCAAGUUUUUUUUAUAGAGCUGCCAAAAUAGUUCCAUUUCCUAUCAGGAAGCAACACAUUUUUUUUGAGGUCUUAAAUAUGGUUCUGACUUCUUUGUUGACCCAGAGCUUUUUAAAGUAAAUCUCACGUUUUGAUCUUUUCGAUAAUUAAAUGAAUAAAAAAAACAUUAGAAUUAGCAAACUUUUAAAACAGAAUAACGCAUCAUGAUGUACUUCAGGACAUAUGAAGAGAUGCCUGAAAAAGGGUUUUUUUUCCUUUUUUAUUUUUUAUCUCUCACCAAUUCCCUUAAUUUGUUGAUUUCGUUGUGAACGAUCUUUAUUCUAGUCGCUUGAUUGAUAUUUUGUUACCAUUUUGUUAUUAUUUCUUAUCCUUUUUUCAGGAUCCUCUUUUCUAAAUCUGAAUGAGUAGUUUGGCCUGAGUUCUUUGAUGAACAUGAUUUUCUGCAGGGGCUGGCCACAACGACGUCGAAUUGCACGCGGCAUACCUCGACCGUCUGAGAAGCUUCAUCGAGUUGGAGGCGUCCACGACACGAGCAGAAGGCCUCAAUUCCACUUCAUGA